AUGGAAAUUAACUCUAGGAACUUACUGACGAUAGGGAUACUUCUUCGUGUGGGGUUUUUCAUUUAUGGACUGUAUCAAGAUUCUCAUUUGGAGGUAAAAUAUACAGACAUUGAUUACUACGUGUUUACAGAUGCCGCCAAAUUUAUCGCUAAUGACAGAUCGCCCUAUGCUAGAGAAACCUACAGGUAUACUCCAUUGCUAGCUCUUUUGCUACUCCCAACAACCUUGGGGGGAUUCUAUUUUCAAUUUGGUAAGGUAUUGUUUAUGCUCUUUGAUUUGCUCACUGGAAUUCUGAUUCUUAGAAUCCUGGAGUUGACAAAGACAAGAGAGAGAAACAGAUUGGUUCUCGCAAGUUUAUGGCUACUGAAUCCAAUGGUUAUCACAAUUAGCAGCAGAGGAAGCUCCGAGUCCAUUUUGAGUGCAUUGGUCCUAGCCUCAAUCUAUUCGUUACUGAAGGGAAAUAUAUUUGCCUGUGGACUAGCACUGGGGUUAUCAAUUCACCUGAAAAUCUAUCCAAUUAUCUAUUUGCCCACAAUGAUUGUGUUUUUGAGUCGGGAUGGAAAGGUUGUGAAAGGAAUGAAAGAAAUGAGUCAAUAUUUUACAAAGGAUGCCAUAUACUUGGUGUGUGUUGCUGGCUUUACGUUUAGUUCGUUAACAGUUCUAAUGUUCCAUCUAUAUGGGAUGGCUUUUUUGCGAGAAACUUAUAUUUACCAUUUCAUUCGAAUUGAUCACAGGCAUAACUUUUCCCUUUACAACACUGCAUUGUAUUUCGUCUCUUCUUUGGAGCAUCAAGGGCUCAAGGGAGAUCUACUUAGUUUUGAGAAAUGGGCUUUCAUUCCUCAAUUAGGGUUUUCAGCCGUACUGAUUCCUUGGUAUUUGACCAAAAAAGAUGUCACAUCAACCUUUUUUAUUCAGACAUUUGUCUUUGUCCUGUUCAACAAAGUCAUCACUUCCCAAUAUUUCGUCUGGUACCUCUGUUUGCUUCCCUUUUAUUUGAGACAAUACAGCAGUUGGAAACAAUGGCCCGAAUGGGCCGGUUUAGUUAUCUGGUCAGCUUCGCAGGGUCUUUGGCUUUAUUUCGCUUACCAAUUGGAGUUCAAAGGAAGAAGUACUUUCUAUCCACAGCUUUUUGGAGCGGCUAGUUUGUUCUUUGCUGGAAAUAUAUACCUUACUGGGCUUUUUGUAAAAAGAACGAAGUCGCUCAGCGAGGCAGAUCAAGAUAAGGAGAAAAAGCUUAGAUAA